UAUUUUUUUUGUGUUAUUUUUUGUGUGUGUGUGUGUGUGUGUUUUUCGGAACCGCGCUCGGUGCGCCGUCGCCGGGCGUCCCCGACGCCGCCCGCCUCUCCCUCCUCCCCCGACCCCGGCUUAUGCGAGGCUCCGGCCGGCAGAGUUGCUGCGCGCUGUCCGCCCGGGAAGCGCUUCCUCGCCUGGGUCCGGCGGAAAGGCCGCCCGCCGUCGCCGUCUUCUUCUCCUCCUCCUCCUCGAGCGGGACGCCGAACCCCUCACCCGCCGCCGCCUUAGCGCCGUGGCCGGCUUCUCGGCGGGCCAUGUCGAAAGUGCGUGUCUCGAAUGGAAGCCCGACCCUGGAGCGGAUGGAAGGCCGGCCGGCGGACGCCCCCAAACCUUCGGCUUGCCGCUGCCUCUUCGGCCCCGUCGACCGGCAGGAGCUGGCGCGCGAGUGGCAGGACCAGAGCCGCCACUUGGAAGAAACCAGCCGGAGGCGGUGGAACUUCGAUUUUCGGCGCGGGCAGCCCCUGGAGGGCCGCUUCGAGUGGCAGGCGCUGGACAAGGCGGCGCUGCCCGAUUUCUACAGCCGUCCUCCGCGGCUCGGCGGGGCCCGGCCCAAGGCUGACGGCCGAGAACGGCGCCUGGAGCUCAACGGAGACCGCUCGCCGCUCGGGGGGCUUCGCUUCUCUCAGGCACCGGCAGAGCAGGAGCCCGAACCGGAGCCCCAAGAGCAGCAGGACGGGGCCGCGUUAACCCUGAGCUCCGGCCCGAGGAAACGACCUGCCGCGGAUGAUUCCUCUCCUCCAAGCAAAAGAGCCAACACAACUGAAGAAAUUUCUGAAGAUCCUUCUGAAGAUCCACCCAUGGCCAGCUCAGAGGAACAAACGCCCAAGAAGAAGACAUCCAGUCCAAAGCGGUGUCAGACGUAAAUUGGUUGUUGCAGAGAAUUAAGAAUAUUUGUUUCCUUGUAUUCGGAGGAGGCAAAUGAAGCCAAGAAGAUCCAGCGCUCGCAUUCAUAUAUGCACCUGUACAUGUAUGAAUAAAUGAAUGAAAGAAAGAAAACAUAUCACUGAUUCUCCAUCGGAUGGGGGAAUUCCUUAAAGCACUGAAAAGAAACAACCAACAAUGAAAUAACACUAAACCAGGCUGUCUUAAAAGAGCCUGCCUCUUAAAGCAAUGGAUGUAGCAUUCUGCAAUUAGGUUUUCCUCAUUUGCUUCUUUGUACUACCUGUGUAAAUAGUUUUUACAUUAUGUAGCACAUAAACCUUUCUCCCCUCUUUGGGUGGCGGGGAGAAGAGUUUUGGGAGGGAUUUUGUUUUGUUUUGUGAAGGGGUGGAGCUAAUAAAAGGUGAUGGGUUUAAAAUCUGCUUCCAAACCCCAGAAAGAAGCAGAUGUGUUUAUUAAAGGAACAUUGUCCCCUUUUUUGUGUGUGUGUGUGUGUGAGAAGAGAAAGUCCAAGGUAAUAAAAGAAAUUGGCAUUUAAUCAUAGUUUUCCAGCAGGUUAAUGAAUCGGCUGGUGAAAUUUAUGUGUCAAGGACACAAUCUGGGAAAUGUUUGCCUGCGAUGACCUCGCUGGAAGAGAGAGGAGUUUUGGGGAAGUACCCAAUUUCUAAGGUGGUGUGAGAUGCUUUGAGAUCACACAGGGCAAAGUUUUGUGUAGGAGGCCCAGUUCUCUCUCUGGAACUGUAAAAGAGGAACUCUUUUAAGGGGCAUUUUCUCAUAGGGUUUUUUGUUUUUUGGGGGGGCCUCCUUAUUUUUUAAAAGUCCUGCCCAACAACAUACACAGCGUAGAGGAGAAAUUAAUAAAUUCUUGACUUCCAAACUCUUAUUCGCUCACUUUUCUGGCCCUUCAUUAAGUGGGUAAAUGAAAAGGAAACAGUAUUUUUUUUUUUUUACAUUUUCUGGGUGGGGUUUUUGUUUUUUGAAAAAAAAAAGUUUUGAAAUGUACCUGUGUACAUAAAUGUAAAAACACUGAGAAAUUAUACUAACUUAUUUAUGUUAAAAAAGAUUUUUUUUUAAUCUAGAAGAUAUUUUCCCAGAAAAGCCAAAGUGGCGCGUGGUUUUUGUGCAUUUGUAAAUGCUCUAUUUGGUAGGGGAUUUUUUGUUGUUGUUAGCCUCUGCGGGGAGUUUGUUUUGUUAAUUAAUAUGGCUGUGCUUAAAUGAUUGCAGACUGAGCCACUUCAAUUUUUUUUCUUUUGUAAUAUGCAAAAAAAAAACCAGUUGCCAUGUGAUACUGUUUUACAUCAAGCAAUCAAUAAAGAGAACUGCCAUCUAUAAACAAAUAAA